GCAAUCUUUUCAUUGCUCAGGGUAAGGUGUCUAUCUUGACAACAAUGCAACUCUGCAAAUCUUUCAUGUCAAAUACAUAUCACACUAAAAUUGCCAUCAUCACUGUGAUGCCUACUGUAGUCUAAUUAAAGGUCAGUGUAAUUGUUUUGGUUUAAAUUAAAUACAUAUGUAAGAAUGUAUUGACAGUCAUUGAAUGAUUCUCAAUAUUUUUCUUAUUUAAUUCUUAAAAAAAAAAAAAAAAAAUUAUAUAUCUUUGAGAAGUUCUAUAAUGUGUUAUCUAUUUCUUCUUUUCUUGUUUUGUCUUCUCAAUCUCCAGGGGGAGGAGCGUUUGACUUCAAUGCAAGGCAUGAUAUGGUGCUGAGUGCCAUGACAACACAAGUCAAGGAGGGGAUCUUGCCUCAGUCCAGCGAGACUGGAGCUUCAACACUGCCGUUGUCUCAAAAUGCAGGGGCCGUGGAGCUUCUGCAGAGCAUGGGGGAGGAGGCAGGAGCGGUGGAGGAGGAGGUGGAGGGGGAUGAGGUAGAGAUGGUUGAGGAGAGGGAGCCCAGAAGGGGGAAGAUGAAGACAAAAUUUGGUGGAAAAAAAACAGUGAAAAAGUCUAACGGGGUGUCGUACGAAGAGUACCAAGAGCGUCUCCUGCGAGUUGAGCAGGAGAAGCUUGAACAUUAA